AUGGCGGUGACAGGAUGCACGCAAUGCAUUAAAUAUAUGUUAUUCUUCUUUAAUUUCAUUUUCUGGCUGGCCGGAGGAGUGAUCUUAGGCGUGGCUCUGUGGCUUCGUCACGACAGUCAGACUGGCAACCUCCUCAUUCUUCAGUUUGAAGGCCAACAGGCACCGGGCACCUUCUAUAUCAGUGUCUACAUAUUGAUAGCUGUCGGAGCUGUGAUGAUGCUAGUGGGCUUCCUCGGCUGCUAUGGUGCUAUUCAGGAAUCGCAGUGCCUGUUAGGGACGUUCUUCUUUUUCUUGGUCAUCCUCUUUGCCUGUGAAGUGGCUGCAGCCAUCUGGGGUUUCAUGAACCGAGACACAAUCUCCAAAGAACUGAUCAACUUCUACGACUCGGCGUACAUCAAGGCUGUGGAUGUCUCGGGCUCUCCUAGUAAAGAUGCCGCCAUCAAGGUGCUGGAUGUUUUUCACACCACGCUCGACUGUUGUGGUAAAGGAGACGACACCGCGCUCUUCAAACAGGUCACCAGCACUUUGUGUCCCAGGAAGUCUCCAGAGGAUUUUCUCAAGUCACAGCAGAGCUGUCACGACAAACUGAUCGAGCUGUUCUCAGAGAAGCUUUAUCUGAUUGGCCUUGCUGCGCUGGUGGUGGCAGUCAUUAUGAUCUUUGAGAUGAUCUUCACUAUGGUGCUCUGCUGUGGGAUCCAUAACGCCCCAGCGUAUUAA